AUGACCGACCGCGCCGGGCCUCUCCCGGCCAAACCCAAGUUGCCGAAUCUGCUCACCGAAAACCUCAACUUGGCAUUCCUCAACCGCCUACCCCAGCGCUACCAAAAUCGCCGCCGCCCUCGAACAAAGUCCAACGCCAGAGACCAAGGUGUCGAGGAUAUCACAAGCCUGUACACUUCGUUCAGUGUAUGGGAUGGCAUUCGCGACCUGCAAAAACAUGACUUCAAAAAGUCAGACUUGCAAUAUGUCUUUCUACUCUUUCUCACCCUCUUCUCCCUCUACAUUGCGCCUUCGGCACCUGCGCUCAAAUUCUUUGCCCUCGCCGGCUCCGCCUGGCUCCUUCUCAUGCCCGCAACGCGUCAAAUUCUUCUCCCUUCCUCUAUGAUUUGGAUCUGGCUUCUCUACUUUUUCUGUAGUCGAUUCAUCGACUACAAGUACCGUCCCCAUAUCUGGGUUCGAGUUCUGCCAGCCCUCGAAAACGUCUUGUACGGUGCCAACUUGUCCAACAUCUUGUCCGCCCAUAAGCACCCCGUUCUCGACAUCCUUGCCUGGUUGCCGUAUGGCAUCAUACAUUUUGGCGCGCCGGCUAUAUGCUCUCUGAUACUGUUCAUCUUUGCAGCGCCAGGAACUGUUAACGUGUUCGCGCGCACCUUUGGCUGGAUGAGCAUUCUUGGAGUCACGAUUCAGCUCAUGUUCCCCUGCACGCCGCCCUGGUAUGAGAACGAAAAUGGCCUGUCGCCUGCUGCGUAUGGCAUGCAUGGCUCGCCCGCCGGCCUCGCGCGUGUUGACGCUAUCUUCGGUAUCGAUCUGUACACGACUAACUUCACCAACGCCCCUCUCCCGUUUGGAGCGUUUCCUUCGCUGCACGCCGCCAAUGCUGUCCUCGAAGCUCUCUUCAUGAGCCAUGCCUUCCCGCAGUUCCGCAAUUUUUUCAUUGUGUACGCUGGUUGGGUUUGGUGGGCUACCAUGUACCUGAGUCACCACUACGCCGUUGAUCUUGUUGGAGGUGGCCUCAUCGCCGCCGCAUUUUUCUACACUGCCCGUGCUCGAUGGCUUCCACAAAGACAAGCUGACAAGCUGACGCGCUGGGAGUAUGAAUACGUCGAGAUCGGGAACCGUCAUACGAUCACGGAUGAAGAAUACGGCCAAUACUUCGGCCUCAAUAUCAUUGACAACCGGCGAUCGAGCCAAAGCGACGACUGGACCCUAGGCAGCAGCUCGAGCUGCAGCUCUAGUAGCGGAACCUUGAGCCCUGUCACCUCCGAGGAGACGAUACCCGGGUUAUUGGACUUGGAUGACGAGCACGAAUUCCAAUGGGAUCGCAGCGGUCAACGCAGAGACGUUGAACUCAGCGAGGUUGUUGUCCGAUGA